CGAGCGGUUGCUUCAAAGACGUGCUACAGCCAUCAAAAUGAGUAAACAACUGAACGUUCGGCAGUUAUCAACUUUAACUUGCCAACAAUUUUUUCUAUUCGUCUUGCUCUUCCAAGUGGUGUGCGUUUUUGUGCUCUACGGGAAACAAAACGACAAUUCUAGACUGCCAAACUUGUACAGUAUGAUCCCCUGGAUGGCCGCUCGUGACAUUAAAACCAUUUUGAUUUGGAACAGUGCGAAUCGGAUUGAAACCGCAGCUUUCGGUUUCGGCCGCCAGACGUUCUUCCAGCACGGAUGUGACAUCAAGGAAUGUGUCGUCUUCGACAACAAGACGUCGAUUUUGCCGCUGGAAGAAUACGACGCCAUCAUCAUCCACAUGCACGAACUCUGGCAAACUCAGAUGCCAAAUUUUACUAGGCGCGCCAACCAGCGGUUGAUCUUUCUGUCACAAGAAUCGCCUACUACUAUCCCUUAUAUCGACGUUACUAGCAUGGGGAAUUUAUUUAACUGGACCAUGAGCUACAAAUUAAAUUCGGACGUUCAAUUGCUUUACGGUCGCAUCCAUCCGGAAUUCACGGCCCCCAAAACUCUUGAGGAGACGCACCGAAUGAUUGAAGCGAUGCAUCUUCCAUCGGCCAGGAAUUACGCGGUCAACAAAACUCGACCAGUCGUCUGGAUGGCAUCUCAUUGCGGCACAAACAGUUUGCGAGAAACUUACGUAAAAGAACUGAGUAAAUUCAUUCCGGUCGACAUUUACGGCGGAUGCGGCAAUUUCAGUUGCCCUCGAAAUGGAAUUAAUUGGUUAUCUUAUCCUGAGUGCUACGACGAGCUGGAAAUGAAAUACAAAUUCUACUUGUCCUUUGAAAAUUCCAUCUGCAACGAUUACGUGACAGAAAAAUUCUUUGAAAUCAUGAACCACAACAUGAUCCCUAUCGUUUAUGGCGGUGCCAAUUACAGCCAAUUCGCCCCCCAUCAUUCGUUUAUUAACGCCCUGGAUUUUACACCGGAGAAAUUGGCUCGGUACCUGCUGUUGCUGGACGCCAACGACAAUUUUUACAACGAAUAUUUCUGGUGGAAGGAUCACUAUCGAGUGGAAGCAGGAGUGGAGCAAAUGGCGCGACACGGUUUCUGCGAUCUGUGCAAGAAACUUCACCAUGAAGAAGGUGUAACCAAGUUCUACCCCGAAUUGGUAUCAGAAUGGCAUACUAAGACCCAGUGCAAACAAAUGAGCAAUUGGGAGACAAGUACAACUACACAGAGUACAACUACUACUACACCGGCUGCAAUUACAGCAGUCAGUCCGGAUCCACAGAAGCUGCACCAACAGUUAGUCGAUUACUUGAUGAAUCAACUUGAGUCGUUGGGAAUUGUGGAUCCGAACGUCGAAACUCCAAUCGAUAACUCCAUCAGGACGGCGAAUACCAGUAACGUUAUUGCAAAUCCAAAGGACAUGGACGCUCUCAACAGCGUGAAUGUUGACGCUAAUAUUGUCGAUUCCCAUCAAAUGCAAUACUUGCGUGAUUACGUGAUGGACCAACUACAGCCUUUCAGAAUUGUCGAUCCCAAAGAAAAUGCCGUUGUACCAUGAUCCUUCCACCCCCAAAAUUUGAUCAACAUUAUCGAUUGUUAUUUUUGUGCUGAGCCUUAUUCUUGAACGAUUUCCUUACAUGCCAUGCCACGCCAUUUUUUCUCAGUGUCGUUGAAUUUCCAAUCACAUUCCCCCCCCCCCCGAAAACCUUCAUGUGUUUUUUGUUUUCAAAAUUUGUUUU